CGCAUGUUCACGCCGCCAACACGCUUUUUUUGAAACACCUUCGAUUUGCAUCUACGUGUUGCCUUAUUUCGUUGUACUCUUCGUUUGUUCAAACUUCCCAGGGAAAUGUCCCAUGUCUCCAAUGCUAAGGGGGGUGGUUCAGUAUUAUCCCAGCCACCGCCCGGUGAAUAAACGCUACUUGAGGACGCACUAGGGCUACCCCUCUGUAAACACCCUCGCACCACCAGCUUGGCUAUCCUCCCCUACAUCCGCACACCAGACACUACCUGCAAUCAACAGAUUUUGCCCUCUCACCCGACCAAAGGGAGGCUUGAUUGUACUUUGUACGGCAUUCCAAGACAGUCAUGGCGGCGAUGGAGAUGGGGGAGGUUUCGGAGCAGCAGCGGCAGUGGCAGCUGGAGCAGCUCGCGGUGAGCAGGCCGGGCCUCAUGACACGGCUGUUGUAUGUUGGCAAUGAGCGGGCAGAAAGAAUAGUAGGAAGCGGCAACGGUGCGGGAGAAGGGGAUUGGCGGGAAGAAUGCCAAGGAGCAGGUGGACAGUCCCAGGAUUAGAAACCGUGUACAGGACGCCUAGCUGUGUUGGUAAUGGGUAGUGCAGGUUGACAUUGCCGUACUGUGACGUGCAUGCUGUUCGCAACGUGUGCUUAAGAGGGGGAGCAAGGUUGGACGACGCCUUGGCGAAGGUCAAGAUUCAGGGUUAUGCGUUUGCAGAAGGUUACGUCCUAGGGUUUGAUGCUACGUGGGGAACACGAUUGGACGGUACGGACUGCUUGGUGGUUGACGGGAAAGAAUUGUUGCCGUUAAUGCCGCAUGACUGAAACAUGGCAAACUCGGUAGUAAAUUGUUUUUGGCGUUGGUGGUGCUUGAUCUUAUAUAUAGCGAUGUUGAGCUUGCACAGCAGCGCGGCAGGUGAAAAGAGCCGUUUAGAGUGAACCACGGAAAACACAUACCGGUACUUACGCGCCUGUGUCUCCUUACUUCAACAGAUUACGUUAGCAUGUUAUUAGCUACAAACGUUGGGACUCGCACGCUCGUUAUAGGCAAUCUUUAAAGCAAGUACUGGUAGUUCCCCAGGAAGAACUGAAACAAUGGAAAGCGAUAGUCUACUGGUUGAACAGCUUCAGGCGUCAACCGCGGUACAGCGUGCUUUGGCAGGCUGCUUCAUACGACCCAGCCUGGAUGGCCAUUCUGGGCCCAAGCAGCUGAUCGUGAACUGCGGCGAUCACCUGCAGCUAUGGGAGGUCGUGGAUGGAUCUGUCGAACUCCAGCAAAACUUCCACUUGUUUGAGCGUGUUGAGCACAUCGACUUGGUCCCAUCAUCCCUGCAACUCUUCGGCCCAGACAGCACAGAUGCCCUUCUUGUCUUCACCUUCGAUGGGCGUUGUACUCUUUUUCGACUGCUCUCGCAGCCACAGCCACAGCAAUACCAGCAACGAAAACCAACCGCAAUCCAUGCGGUCAAUCGGCCCCGUGAUUUGGUGCUCACGGAAGCUGCCUGCCUGGCGUUGCCUCUACCAAACCUGCGUGCAGCCCUUCUACCAAAGCGCUUGGAGGGUGUCUGCAGCAGCGGUGUUGCGCCUGUGGCUCGUCGCAUCGCCGCUGCCACAGGCGCACGUGGUGUUGUGGUGGCAGCAAUCCACAUGGACCUCCUCCACGUCAUCACACUCCACGCGGCGCCUGCUGAGGGCGAACAUCCGCUGCUGCUGUGUACGGCAGUUCCCAUAGCAGACACGCCGCUGUACGGCAUGCCACCUGGCGGCGACCCACUAGAGUUGCUGCACCGCUCCACCCACAUCCGCGCGCUCAGCCUGCUGCCCCCGCACCCCCGGCGGGACGCGCUGCAGCCACCGCUGCUGGCGGUGCUGCACAAACCCGAGGGCACGGCGGGCAUGGGGCUGUGGCUGGACACGUUGUCGGUGCAGCUGACGGUGAAGGAGCUGGCGGGCGGGACCGCUCCAGGGGCGAGGGGAGCAGCGCCAGCUGCAGCUGGGGGGAGCGGCAGUGCGAGGGAGAUGCGGCUGG